AUGUCGUUAAUAUUCAAAGAAUUGGAAGCAGAAAUUGCCAAGCGCGUCGAUGCGUUUUACAUCGAUAAAAACUGUUUCAUCGAGGUAUUGCCAGGGAAUGUUAUAGUUCCGAGGAAAUUUAGGGAAAUUGGCGAAUCAAUUAGACAUCUGAAAACAUAUUCGGAUGACGUUUGGUUAGUUUCGUAUCCUAGAACUGGUUCAACCUGGGCCCAAGAAAUGAUAUGGUUGCUUGGUAACCACUUAGAUUUCGAAGGGGCUAAGCAGAUGCAGCAGAUACGGUCACCAAUAGUCGAGCUGUCUGCUCUAUUCAGCGUUGAUCACCACGAAUGGGUUUCCGAUACUCUUGGAAACACUGUCGAGACUGUGCGAAACCUUCAGAGGCCCAGGUUUGCACGUUCCCACUUGCCGUGGCAUUUGUUGCCACAGGAUUUGGAAAUAUCUAAUGCCAAGAUUAUAUAUACAUCGAGAAACCCUAAAGAUCUUUGUGUGUCAUUUUAUCACUAUUGCAAACUAAUGCAUGGGAUACAGGGCACAUUUAACGAUUUUUUGCAGUUAUUUAUCGAUGAACUAACACCAAUUGGCUCAUAUUGGAAACAUGUUUUGCCCUUUUGGGAGCGAAGGAAUCACCCCAAUGUUCUAUUUCUGAAAUAUGAGGACAUGAAACGAGAUUUGUCGGCAACAAUUAAAAAAUGCGCAACAUUCUUAAAUGUUGACUAUCAACUAACAGAGGAAGAUAUGAAGAGAAUUUGUGAUCAUCUUAAAUUUGAUAAAAUGCAAUCAAAUCCAGCAGUUAAUUUGGAUCCAAUAUUAAAUCGCUUCGAUACAAAUGGCAAUCGAAGAGGUGGAGAUGAAUCAAAAAAUUGUGAAAUCAAAUUUAUUCGUAAGGGCCAGAUUGGUGAUUGGAAAAAUUACAUAUCAGAGGAAAUGUCUAAAAAAUUUGAUAAUUGGAUAUUAAAGAAUUGCAGCGGCACCGGACUGACAUUUGAAUAUGAAUAA